GCCAGCGGAAGUGCGAGCCCCGGGCGAGCCUGCUCCGCGGCGGACCGCCUGGGAGGGGGCGGGCACGGGGCGGAGCAAGGGCUGUCGUGGCUCGAGGGGGCGGGCGGGGUCUGCAGCGGCGGGGCGGGGUUUGGCGGCGGUUGUUUUCACCCUGGCGGCGGUGCCUGGCGCUUGGCUGGGGCAGAUCGGCGUGGAGGCGUGAGCUGGUCCAGAAAGGGGUGAUCGCGGCUGGAGGGAGCCAGGAGGGCCGGAGGGACGCGGGGAGCGGGCGAGCAAGCCCGUGGUCGUCAGCCGCCAGGAUGUCAGCGCAGUGCUGUGCGGGCCAGUUGGCCUGCUGCUGUGGGUCUGCUGGCUGCUCCCUCUGCUGUGACUGCUGCCCCAAGAUCCGACAGUCCCGGAGCACCCGCUUCAUGUAUGCGUUGUACUUCAUUCUGGUCGUCCUUCUCUGCUGCAUCAUGAUGUCAAAAACCGUAGCUAAUGAAAUGAAGGAGCAUAUUCCUUUUUACGAAGAUAUCUGUAAAGGCAUUAAAGCUGGUGACACCUGUGAGAAACUAGUGGGGUAUUCUGCCGUGUAUAGAGUUUGUUUUGGAAUGGCCUGUUUCUUCUUCAUCUUCUGCCUUCUGACCUUGAAAAUCAACAGCAGCAAAGGUUGUAGAGCGCAUAUUCACAACGGCUUUUGGUUCUUUAAACUUCUGCUGUUGGGGGCCAUGUGCUCAGGAGCUUUCUUCAUUCCAGAUCAGGAGACCUUUCUGAAUGCCUGGCGCUAUGUGGGAGCCGUCGGGGGCUUCAUCUUUAUAGGCAUCCAGCUCAUCCUGCUCGUGGAGUUUGCACAUAAAUGGAACAAGAACUGGACUGCCGGCACAGCUACCAACAAGCUGUGGUAUGCUGCUCUGGCCCUGGUGACACUCGUCAUGUACUCCAUCGCCACCGGAGGCUUGAUUUUGAUGGCAGUGUUUUACACCCAGAAGGACGGCUGCCUGGAAAACAAAAUUCUCCUGGGGCUGAACGGAGGCCUGUGUCUGCUUAUUUCAGUGGUAGCCAUCUCGCCUUGUGUCCAAAAUCGACAGCCACAUUCCGGGCUACUGCAGUCGGGGCUCAUAAGCUGCUAUGUGACCUAUCUCACUUUCUCAGCUCUCUCCAGCAAACCUGUAGAAGUAGUUCUAGAUGAGCAUGGGAAGAACGUUACGAUCUGUGUGCCAGAGUUCGGCCAAGACCUGUACAGAGACGAAAACUUGGUUACUGGACUAGGUACCACUCUCUUGUUCGUGUGCAUCUUAUAUUCAUGCUUGACGUCCACGACAAGGUCAAGUUCUGACGCUCUUCAAGGCCGAUAUGCAGCCCCUGAACUGGAAGUGGCUCGCUGUUGUUUUUGCUUCGGCCCCGAUGGAGAGGACACUGAAGAGCAGCAGAACGUGAAGGAGGGACCACGGGUCAUUUAUGAUGAGAAGAGAGGCACCGUCUAUAGCUAUUCCUAUUUCCACUUCGUGUUCUUUUUGGCUUCCCUCUAUGUGAUGAUGACGGUCACCAGCUGGUUCAACUAUGAAAGUGCCAACAUCGAAACCUUCUUCAGCGGAAGCUGGUCCAUCUUCUGGGUCAAGAUGGCCUCCUGCUGGAUGUGUGUCCUGUUAUACCUGGGGACCCUGGUUGCUCCCCUCUGUUGCCCCUCUCGGCAGUUCUCCGUGUGAGGGGCAUCUGACCAGGCCCGCAGGCUGGAAGUGACAUCCUUUGAACAAGGGUCUGAGUAGUGACUGGUGCUUUGUGAAAAGCUAGCAUCUUCAGGCUGGUUGAAGUGGGUCUGAAAAGGCCUUCAGAAAAAAACAUCACCUGAUUAGCUUUUUAAUUCUGAAAAUCAAAAAGAAAUUACCAGUUUAUCCCAAAAGAACUGAAAUUUUCAGCCAGGCUGAUCCCAAGUGAUCAUGUAUUUUGUGUGCGUCAUAACCCUAAAAACUGGAAUAGGCUAGUAUUUUGCUUCUGUAUGUUUUUACCAAAAUAGGGUUUGGGGCACGGCAUCUUAUCACAGGGAUACAACUUCCUUUGUGUGGCCUGUCAUUCUUAUCCUUGGAAUAGAAAAACAUGCCAAAAUCUUGAGCCCUCAGCCCCUGAUAGAAUGCAGACCCCUCUCACACACCUCAGCUCGGAGUCUCGUCCCCAGCGGGCUCUGCAGACAGAACUCAGCCUGCAGGCCCCUUGCUCACAGCUACUUGGUAUUUAUAGGGUCCAAGAGGAAGCACCUGCUUGCAACUCCACCCUUGUGCUGUUUCCUCCUGGCCCCCCAGCAUUUCCCUUUGAAACUGUGAUGCUGGGAAUCACAGCUUCACUCUCUGCCCUUGCCCUUCCCAGAGGUCCCCUCUUCUUUCUGGGCUGAGUAUCUUUGCUUAAUAAUGUGAAAAAGCACAAUUUUGCCAUCACUACCGUGUGGUCCCCACUGUAUUCUUACUACCUGAUCUGAGUUACUGCAAUAAUUGUGACUCCCAUUUGUGGUGUUUUUCACAUGAUUAUAGAACAGUAUUCGGGUUGUUUUCUUCGCUUGAACAAUGGAGGGCUAUAGUUCUUAUAGUUCUCACAUGUUUGUACUUAUUAAUAGUAAUAAUAUUCUAGGACCUUACCUGAAAAGUUGCUUCUUGACUGAAGCCUGCUGUACCCCUCUUUCAUUUAUGAAAGUCAACCAGUUUCUCUUCCACCUUGAGGCCUUUGAAAUUCUAACAACAAAAGGGCUUUUGUUUCCAGGAUCUGUGAUGUGACCAUGGCAUUAAUAUCCACUGUGGUUUUUUAGAGUAGAUUUGCUGAGGUAAGGAUCCCAGGCAGCCCCUCCAACUGGGCUGACCAGAUAAAAGCCUAUUAUACAAGUUGUAGAAAUGGCCAAAUAUACCUAGAAGAAAUGGUGAGGGGUGGGGCGUGGGGAGGGGUAUUUAAUUAAGCCAUAAACAAUGUCCAUGGAGAGUUCCAAAAAUACAUACUUGGAACACUCCUAGGAGAUGUGACUUUACGCAGCUGCCCAAGAAGAUUUCCAUGUUCAGUGUUGCUCUCCUCAGUCACGGAAGAGUUUUCUCAGUAGAAAGGCCGUUAGAGACCCCAGUGGAGACACGGUGGGGGUGCUUCUGUUAGUGUCUCACACAGGGUGGAAAGAGUCCUCUCGAGCUCCCUGGCCAUAGAGGGUCUGAAAAUGGAGAGACUCGGCCUGUAUUUUGUGUGCCCUACUGUACGAGUUGGGCAGAAUUGGGUCCCAGUGUGCCAAAGUGCUGGUGUGGGGAAUUAGUCAAAUUCUUCAUUUCUACUCCUUUGCCCUCCUCCCAGGAAAAUCAGAGGGGAAACAAAUUCAGUGGAUGAAUUCCUGUAGACUCUUGCCUUGUUUAUAAUGUUUGAGGUUCCAUUUAUAAAGGCACUCGUGUGUGUGUGUGAGGGCCUUGUUUUGUAAACUUCAUCCAUUUGAUUUUUUUAGGCCAGAGGCUCUUGGAGCUUGGCAGUUGACAGGUCCUCUGGAGUCACAAAAUGGAUAGCCGCUGUGUGCAGCCCCUAUUAAGCCGGUGGGACUGGGGCCUCUGUGGGUCGGGGACAGAUCGAGGGAGUGGGCUGUGGGUAUGUGUGACAGCCCCCCGGGAGAAGCUGCCACAGUGCGGUAGUGCCACGGGGCUCUGGGUAAGCUGAGGUUGGCUUUGGGAACUCAAGAGCUGGGAUGCCAGUUUCAAUGUGGGUUUCUUUCUGGUAGGGUCUAGCUGGCUUGAGCAGCCAGCUGUGUGACUUUAGAACUGGUCCUCGGCAGCUUACAGUCCCUUUGACAAGGCUGCUGUUACUUGGCUGUCCUUCGUUGGCCAACUUCCCCUGCAGAAAGAAGCUCAGGGAAACACAAAGGAAAAGGACAUCCACUGCCAGUGGCCGAGCCCUCAGAGCUUCCUUCUUUAGCUGGCCCAGCCAAUCCCAUGGUUGCCAGCUGCUUAAAACUUGGUUUGUGUCCCAAAGUUCUUGAAGUUUAGUCUGACGCGAGAGGAACGGUUGCAGCCACUGAUUUUUAUGCUCAGCUGGGUAUUUAAGCAAGUUUAUCUGAAUGGUGCACGCGAUGUGGAUAUACUCUAAGGAUUGAGGGCAUACAAAUAAGUUGACUUUAAUGAUUAUUAAUUGUAAUAAACAAUACUCAGGUGAUGAGUCAACGUUUGUGGGUUUAAAGAACCUACAUUUUUAUGCUACCGUGAUUUAAGAAACUGGAAAAAUUGUGCCAAUUGCUUUGAGUUGCUGCCAUGGUGUUCAUUUGAGAAAUUCACUGAUCUUUUAUUAAUGUAAUUUUGCUUCCUACAACUUUUUGUACGUGAUUUAAAAAAGUACAUUCCCUGUAGCUGCUGGUCAGACUCCUUUAGUGAUGAAAGUGGAAGAAGUUUUUUAAAAAAACUAUGUGUAUGUUUCCCCUGUGCUAUUCCUUCCAUGUGGAGAUUUUUUCCCUUCUCGUUUUCAUGAGUAAAAACACUAAGUGGGGGAAGGGAGUCUUCUGGGAAUGUUGCUGUGUACCUAGAUGUGUCACCUUACUGAGGGCCAGAGAUGUUUCUGUCCCAGGCUUUUGGCAACCCGACUUCAUCCAGACUGGGUUGAGUUUUUUAAUACUGGUUAGUUGGUUUUGCUUUUGUCCUCUUGGUUUCUUGGAAAUGGCUUGAAAGAAUUGUUCAUCAGAGAUACUUGGGGCUCUUUUGUGAAUAGAUGGACUGUGUGCAUUUGAGCUGUUGGAGGGUGGGGUUACUGGAGAUUUGGGGAACCGCCUCCCAUUGCACCCCCACACCUCAUUGUUUAUUUCCAGUUCCUCAGAGGAGCCUUUGUUCUGGAUGACCUUCAUGCAGUGCUAAUCCCACUUCCACCCCCAUAUUGUCCCCCUCUCUCUAUUUAAGAUUAUGUACUUAUUUAAUUUUAGCCAGAAGUUUACCACCAUUGGUGCUGGUGCUUCAUGUUACCCUGCAAAGGGAAUUCGAGAGCCUGUGUUUAAGCUGCCUUGGCUUUUUCCUCCUCUGACUGCCUUUCUAAAUAGCAUUUCGUUUUGGCAUACAUUUGUAUUCUACUCCUCUUGGAAAUGAAGGUGAUUUGGGCUAAGUCCCUACAUGUUCAGAGAGAACGCUGGGUCCUCCUUAAGGACAGUGCAGUAGCCAGUCUGCUCAUAGAAUUCUGCUCAUAUCCAGCUCUAUCAGGGUAUUCUCCUGAUAGAAUGAGCUCCCUCUGCUUUGUUCUUAAGGUGGCCACCAUGUGUCCCACCAUCUUUAGGAUGCUUGUAAAGCCUCAGACACUUUAAUCUAGUGUUGCAUUUCAGGCAGAGGUAUGUUGGACCUGUUGGACCUACCUUACAGGACUAGAGAGCUGUUCACACAGAUCUUUCAGACUAAUGCUGGUCAUUCUAAAGAUCUUUCUCUUUUUAAAAUUUUUUUCACCAGUAGAUCAUUUGCAGAGGCGUUCGUUUUGAAAGGAGGAAAUAUUUGGCUUUUACCAAAGAGGGUUUUUUGUUUGUUUGUUUUUAGGCAAAAUUCCUUCAGAAAAAGUUAAUUGGGUAAGGAUACAUUAAAAAUGCCUAUGUCCAAAUCUACUUCUGUAGGGGUUUGAUCAUAUUUAUGUGAGUAAAAUGAUGAAGCAUUCUUUAAGGUAAUCCUCUGGGUGAAGGAUCCUGGGAAGUUCUCUCAGGUAAAGAAAGCUUGCAACAGAUGUGUAAUAUAUGUCUUGAGAGUUAUUUAUGAGAAAUUUAAGAGGAUUAUUUUGCUUUCCUAUAUUAAAGAUUUAAGUUCUUUUUUUACUUUGCAAAAAAAAUUCUACGAAAGUUUUAUAAUCAUAACUUUGUUAAUUUUUUAAACUUUUGUGAAAUAAUUAGCUGUAGCCAAAUUAUUGGUUAUGUUUUGCUAUAUUAGAAUUUGAAAUGUAUAAUGUGUGGUAAAUUUAGUCUUGGAUAUGGCUAUAGUUUUGGUAACUUUUUAAGAAGUUAUUUUCUACCCUCUAGACACAAAGGCAACUGUGGGUUUGUAUUUGUUUUUUGAAUGCUAAUUUUUCUAUGAAGCAUCUGAAGUUGACCAGUCUUUUCCUAGGUAGAAAACUCAAAACUUGUUAACUCUGUACUUUAAUAAAACUUAAAAUGGAGAACUA